AUGAAUCAAACAACAGUGGUGGAGUUCAUUCUCUUGGGACUCACUAACAAUCACUUUUUGGAGAUCAUUUUAUUUGCCAUUCUCCUCGUUGUCUUCCUCCUAAUCCUCCUUGGAAACAUCACUGUCAUCACCAUCACAAUGGUGGACCAAUCCUUUAACAUUCCCAUGUAUUUCUUUCUUAGGAAUUUUUCGUUUGUGGAAAUCUGCUUCACAUCUACCUUCAUGCCAUGGACACUCUACAGCCUCCUCACGGGAACAAAGGCAAUUUCUUUCUCUGGGUGUUUCCUUCAGUUAGCCCUCUUCUUCAUCCUGGGUAUCUGCACUUUCCUCCACGUAGCUCUCAUGUCCUUUGACCGCUACGUGGCCAUCUGCCACCCUUUGCAUUAUGUCACCUUCAUGAGCAAUAGGUUUUGUCUCCAGCUGGUGCUGAGCUGCUGGGUGAUGAGUAUCUUCUUGAUGCUUUCCCCACUGAAAAUCAUACUCCAUUUGCCAUUCUGUGGGCCCAAUGUCAUCAACCACUUCUACUGUGAUAUAGCACCGCUGCUCCAGCUGUCCUGCACGGACACAGACCUCAUUGAGAAACUCGCGCUAGCGCUAAGUGUUGUAAUAUUACUCGGCACCUUAUCAGUAUCUGCUUUUUCCUACACCUGCAUCAUCUACACUGUCAUACGCAUCCAGUCUUCAACAAACAGGCGAAAAGCCUUUUCUACUUGCUCUUCUCACCUCUUUCUGGUCACUGUUUUGUACAGCAGCUCCAUCUACAGGUACAUCCGACCAAGUCAGCAGGGUGGGAGAGAUCUUGACAAAGUUGUGUCUUUCCUGUACUGUGUGAUUACUCAGCUGUGCAACCCUUACAUCUACACCCUUAAAAAUGAACAAGUCAAGCGGGCCUUGAAGGAGUGGGUGGCGAGACGUUUUGUAGGCUCUGGUGAUACUGUGAAACCACAAAGCAGUAAGAGCAUAUGA